CGACUCUCGCAACAAAAAUCCAUUUCUUUCGUUUUGUUAGGGUUUCUGUAGGUUCGGCUGGUCCCAAUAGUUUCUGGACUGCAAUGCCUCUCCCGCCUAAAUCGAUCAAGGCUGCUCAGGAAGGCGGUGGCAUGGUCAAGGAUUUCGAAGAUCCCGAGACCCCUUCCAACAAUCUAUGGGUUGGCAAUUUAUCGCACGAGGUUACAGAGUCCGAUCUUAUGGCUCUCUUCGCUCAAUACGGCGCACUUGAUAGCGUCACGUCGUAUUCCUCUCGGAGUUACGGCUUCGUGUUUUUCAAGCGCAUUGAUGAUGCCAAGGCUGCCAAGAACGCGUUACAAGGCACUCUUCUGCGCGGAAUUCCCAUGAAGAUUGAGUUUGCGAGACCGGCAAAGCCAUGUAAACAACUUUGGGUGGGUGGUAUUAGCCUAUCUGUUACAAAGGAAGAGCUGGAGGCUGAGUUUCGCAAAUUUGGUAAGAUUGAGGAUUUUAAGUUCGUCAGAGACCGCAACACUGCAUUUGUUGAAUAUUACAAUUUAGAUGAUGCAACUCAUGCCAUGAAAAUGAUGAAUGGAAAGCGUAUUGGUGGCGAUCAAAUUCGCGUAGAUUUCCUUCGAUCACAAUCAUCAAAAAAGGAUAUGUUGCUCGAGUAUGGGCAGCUUCAGGGAAAAACCGUGGGCCCUCCUGAUUUCUACUCUGGCCAGAAAAGACCACUGCAAACACAGCCUUCAAUUGGGAGGAAGGGAGAUAGUCAACCCAGCAAUAUUUUGUGGAUAGGUUAUCCUCCUUCUCUUCAGAUUGAUGAGCAGAUGCUCCACAAUGCCAUGAUUUUAUUUGGUGAAAUUGAGAGAAUCAAGAGCUUUCCUUCAAGGCACUACUCAUUUGUGGAAUUCAGGAGUGUGGAUGAAGCUCGACGUGCUAAAGAGGGUCUUCAAGGCCGGCUUUUUAAUGAUCCUCGGAUUACUAUUAUGUAUUCAAGCAGUGAGCUGGCACCUGGCAAAGAUUACCCUGGCGUUUUCCCUGUAAGCAAAGGACCAAAACCUGACAUGUUCUUAACUGAGCAAACAUUUCGACCAUUGCAGGUGGAUGUGUUUGGACAUAGUCGUCCAAUGGUUCCAAAUAAUCUUUCCAGCCAGUUAGCACCUGGUGUUAUUGUUGGACCAAAUGUACCGUUGAGACCUUUUGGUCCUCAAGGUAGUCUUGAACCUUCGCUUUCAGGCAUUGAAUCUAAUGAACUGGGCACAAACCAAAAGUUUCAGGAUGGUAGCUCCAAAAGUCAAAUGGGUCCAAAUUGGAAACGGCUAUCUCCUCCAGCACCAGGGAUGCUCCAUCCGGCACCGGGUAUUAGACCUCCAACUAGAUCCACAUCUAGCGCAUGGGAUGUGUUUGACAUAAACCAGUUUCAGAGGGAUUCAAAGCGUUCAAGGAUAGAUGGUGCUUUACCUGUUGAUGAUGUUCCCUUUCCGUUAAGAAAUGCUGAUGACCGUGCAGUAGGGCUAGAGCAAUCUUAUGGGAUGGAGCCAGUUAUUGAUGGUGGUUCUGGUCCAUUUGUAAACAUGCAAGGGAAGGCUCCCCCUGGUCCAGUGGGCACAAGGAUCUCAACUGGAGUGCCUGCUACUGUUCAAGUCGAUAUUGAUCACAUAUGGCGUGGGAUAAUUGCAAAAGGGGGAACGCCAGUUUGUCAAGCAAGAUGUGUUCCUAUAGGAAAAGGGAUAGGGACUGAGCUGCCGGAAGUUGUUGAUUGCUCAGCCAGGACUGGAUUGGAUAUGCUAACAAAACAUUAUGCAGAUGCUGUCGGUUUUGACAUUGUCUUCUUCCUGCCUGAUAGUGAAGAUGACUUUGCAUCAUACACUGAAUUUCUUCGCUACCUUGGUGCUAAAAACCGUGCUGGUGUUGCCAAAUUUGUUGAUGGUACCACUCUAUUCUUGGUGCCUCCAUCUGAUUUCUUAACAAAGGUUUUAAAAGUCGCAGGGCCUGAACGUCUAUAUGGUGUGGUUCUUAAGUUUCCAUCUAUGCCAAGUGGCACAUCAUUGCAACAGCCACUGCCUUUGUCUAUACCUUCCAGUCGGUAUAUUGAUAGGCAGCAGAUUUCUCCUUCUCAAGUAGAGUAUAGUCAGAUCCCUGCAAAGGAGGAAGAAAUUUUGCCUAUGGAUUAUAAUAGGUUGUUGCAUGAUGAGUCUAAAGUUCCUUCAAAACCACUUUAUCCAGCUACAAGUGGCGCCUCUUUAGUUCAGUCUGUACCCUCAGACUAUACUUCUAGCAAUACUGCUGCAGGAACCCAACCUGGCGUUACAUUAACACCUGAGCUUAUUGCCACUCUAGCCUCCUUGCUUCCUGGAACUACACCAUCAUCUACUGCUGAUGGGGCCAAGCCAGCAGUUGGCUCCUCAACUAUGAAAGCUCCAUUUCCUCCAUUUGCUCCCACUGACGGAAACCAAUCUCAUGUAUGGAAACAGGACCAUCUAAUUGCAGAUCCGUCCAGUCAUGUCCUUCAACAGGCAGGGAGUACGUACUAUCAGCCUUAUCCACUAUCAUCUACUUAUGGCCACCCUGGUCAAGUGGUCCCUGGCAGUACAAAUAUCCAAGAUUCUGCAGCCAGCUUACAGCAGCAGGUUGCCAUCUCAUCUAGACCCAUGACUAACUUGAUGCCUUCUCAAAGCGGACAAGUAACGUUAUCCCUCCCAGUGAAUCAACCAUAUCAGGUUGAAGUGUCCUCCAGCUCUCAGAAAGGCUAUGGAGUGGUGCAGGGAAUAGAUGCCUCUGUUUUAUAUAGUUCUCAGGCUAUUCAGAAUCCUAAUAUUUCUGUUUCCUCAUCUAAUCAAGUUCAUGGUGCUAACCCUUCUCAGCAACAAACUGCUAUGCCAUAUUCAGCAGAAAAAGUGAACGCAGAGCCUCCAAAUCAGCAGUUUCAACCUGCUCUCCAAGCAGUUAGUCAGGGUGCGUCAUCAGAAGUGGAGGCAGAUAAAAACCAGAGGUACCAGUCAACACUACAGUUUGCUGCCAGUCUUCUCCUCCAAAUACAGCAGCAGCAGCAAACCCAAGGAGGACGGGGGGCUGGAAAUCAACAGUGAGAAUUUUGUAAGUAAUUAUCUUCCAUGAACUGUUCUUUUUGGCCGUAUUCCUGUUUGUGUAAAUUAAUCUUUGCCAUACAUGUACUCCAUAUUUAGUUUUUGAUAUUCUGCGUAGCCGUGUUGCAAAUAUUAGCCGAAACUAUUAGUGGGAUCUGAAUCUGAAAUCAUUAGAAGCAUCUAGUUUCAUUGAGAAAUAAGGAUCUUUUAGAAUUUGAGCUUUUAAGUUGCGAAAGCAGGAAGAACAUGAAGGCAAAUGUCUAUAUUUGUCAGGAAUGAUUGUAGUUUAUAAGGGGUGUCCUCAGAAAAAGAUUGCUUGGUUUGCUCAGGGCAUUUGAAGAGAAAGUUCAAAGUUAUCAACGUGUAUUGACUUUUUCAGAUAGAGCAUGAUCAGGAUGGCUUCUUCAUCCUGUAGAACUACUAGGUCCUAGAACAAUCGCUUUGCUUCAUGUUGUACUUGUACUGAUUUUGGUAAGCAGAAGUUUGAUAUUCUGCUUGGCCUUGCUGCAACUGAUAGCCAAAACUUCCUGUGGUUUCUGAACCUGAUGUGUUGAAAACUAUCUAGCCGCAUGGGAAGUAUACCAACUUCGUUUUCUUUUUUUUUUUUUUUGGGGGGGGGGGGGGGUUGGGUGUCGAGAGCAUCUGAUUUGCAUAUUUUGCAAUCAGUUCAUUCUUGAUAGCUAGUCUCCGCUGGACUUCAGUUUCUGAGUUGCUAUCUCUGGAACCAAUUAGAACAUUUUACAUUUUGUUUUGUGUUUUUUGUGGUAAAUCUGUUUCGUCAUUUGGCGUAGUUUUUGUGUGUGUGUGUGUGGGGUCUUCUACCAUGGUUCCAAUGGAAUUUAGCAAAUAACUCGUGGAGUAGACUGUGAUUUUGUUUAUAUCCUGCUCUAUCGUUAGUUCCUUAUAAUACCUAUCUUAUUUUUUAUUCGUUGACUUUUGCUUGUAUUUGAAUUAUGUUGUACAGAGUCUUGAUUUUGCUGCCUUCCUAUUAUUUAUGCACCAUGAUGCUUUUAUCUGUAUGUUUUCACUGCUAUAGCAUAUCUUUGUCGGUGGUUGAAUAUGCUCGUAGAUCUAGUGUUAUCCUAUUAUAACAUAAAUGUAGCCUAGUGAAUCUUGAACUCUGCUUCGGUUGCGUGCUAUUACUUUUCAUCUGUCAUGUAUCUCACAAUUGCUUAGCUGUAGGCUUUUGACCUUUUUUCUUUAGCAUUUUCCCUUAAAUCUAGAUUUUUUCACCUGACCCUUGAAUCUAGAUUUUAGAGAUGAGAAUUCCUAUUAAUUCUCCAAUUUAUUUUAAUAUGAUCUGUAACUUGAAUUAUGUAAAGAUCUUCACUGUGCUGUUAAAGAUAAUGAGAAAAUGACUGUUGAUCGAGUUUGUAAAAUUAGAAUUACCAUUAUUUAUUACCA